GUGAGAGACUGAGGGCUGCUUGGCCCGGUAGACCAUACACAAUGCCAAACGGGUCUCUUUGCCAAAAAAUUCACCUCAUUCUGCACAAUGGAUUUUUAAUGAGAGCAGGCCCUGCAUGCAAAAUUUGUAGAGCUUUUAAAAUGGUAGCGUGUGCGGAUUUUUUCUGAGGUGAGUUGUUGAAAUGCACUUCAUGUAACGCAUAGCGUUUCCCUAUUGCGGCUACACGGGCAGAAUGAUCCCAUGCGUAAGUAGUUGCUACUCAGUGUCUGCAAAAGACCUAACAACUGCUCCUGCACUUACACCCAUUGAUAUUUUCUGACUUGCAACCCCCUUAUUUUGAAGUGUGUGAGAUUUGCCCAAAGGAAAAGAGAGGGAGGUGUUUUAACAGAUGUGCAGAUGAAUCCUACGUGCUGGGGGGGCAGAGGCACAUCUGGAGCAGGGAGACGAGUGACUUGAUGUUCCCUCGGGAUGGGCAACGCAGGCCUUAUAACCCUACCACCUGGGACAACAGGUAAGAAAAAUAAACAGUGCACCUCCCUCAAUUGGUGUGGUCCUAGUGAGGAUUAUCCAUAGCUGAUAAACAUAAUUUAAAACAACAGGUUACAGGGUAUUCCAGGUUGAAAUUUAAAUUGUAAGUAGCCUGGUAUGAUCUAUAUAAUGCAUCUAAAUUGUAUUUGUAUUCGUUACAAUUUUUUUCCAAUCAGAGUCCAAUUUUUUUUCUGUCAUUUUCCGUUGCUGGGCCGAACGGGGUGGAGUUGGGUCGGCGAGGUAAAUGGUAUUUGUAAAGCAGUCUGGGCGGCGCUCCCUGCAUCACUCUACUGACUUUACCCGCGGGAGCAGGACACCUGGUCCGUAUAGUGUUCGUGGAUGAAGCGAAAGUUUUGAGGAGGGAAGGACAGGGCAGAUCCCGGGAAGAAAGAAAGAACGCAUUCGAGAAUGGAAGCUUGCGUGACGCACACAACUUUGCCGAAGCGAGGAAAACAGGGGUUCGGAUGUCUCGUUUAAAUGCUUAACUCAGCUGAACUCGUUGGAGUUGGGAUUACAGACAGUGACUACGCUAGCACCGUGCAUCACAUCGAUCCCGAAGAUAACGUGGGAGGGAGAAGCGUAGCCUUACGUGACUUCAUAUUAUACUUCUAAACGAAUGCCCUCGGAAACUUUAUUACCUAGCUUAGAAUGUUGAAGUUUUUUAGAAAGGAAGCUGUAGGCUAUUGUUUUCUCUGUUUCAUUUUGAAAGUAUGAUCCCUGCUUUAUCCCUUGAGAGUCAGCAGAAAGGUCAGUUCUAGUCCCAAAACUUACACACACGGAAUUCACAGGACGUUUUCGAGCCUAAUUUUUAAGAUGAAUUGGACUUGUUUACGACUGUUACAUCUGGCUGUCUCACUGAUGCUUUUGAGGGGGGCUGGAGCUUUUCCACUGUGGAGAAAGGAAACGGAGGCUGCUGUCCGUUCGCCGCACCCUUAUGUCAGGGUGCCCUCUCCGGUGGACGUGCGGUCCAAAGUGGCUCUGGCCAGGUCCAAACGAUACGCCAUCAACCCUCUGGGCUACAAGUGGGAGCACUUCAACCUGACCUACAAGAUUACGAAGUUCCCUAAUACGCUGAACAAAGACGACACGCGUAAAGCCAUCAGCAUCGCUUUCACUAAGUGGAGUGACGUGUCCCCCCUCUCCUUCACCGAAAUCACCAACCCCAACAAGACUGCUGACAUUGUCAUUGGUUUCUACACCUUCAAUCACACGGACUGCUGGUGGUCUCCGCUGCACCCCUGUUUUGAUGGGCUGAAUGGGGAGCUGGCCCAUGCCUUCCUGCCUCCACGCGGGGAGAUCCACUUUGACAACCAUGAGUUCUGGAUACUGGGAAAGUCUCGCUUCAGCUGGAAACAAGGUGUGUGGCUUAAUGACCUGGUCCAGGUGGCGGCCCACGAGAUUGGCCAUGCCCUCGGCCUCUGGCACUCGCAAGAUCCCCAGGCCCUCAUGCACCCCAAUGCCACCUACACCGGCCAGAGGAACAUCGCCCAGGAUGACAUAUGGGGGAUCCAAAGACUCUACGGCUGCCAGGACAAGAAGCGUGUGUGUGACCCCUGGGCGAGGCUGGGCUUUUGUGAAAGACGAAGGAGCUUCAUGAAGAAGCACUGUCCUCAGCGAUGUGACCUUUGCUACGAGCCUCUAGAUGCCAUCAGCACACCCACUCCACCCCCUGCCAACGUGAAGGUGAAGAUGGUGCCUCGUGGAAAAGUGGUAGGCUUCCGCUGUGGGACAAAAAGUGCCAAGGUGCCGCCGAAAGUUAGCUGGUAUAAGGAUGGGGAGCAGCUUGUCACCUCCAUCCCAGGUUACAUCGUCAUGAAAGACCGCGACCUGCGCAUUGUGGCCAAUGAGUUCAACGAGGGCACCUACACCUGUCGCGUUCAUCGUCGCGGCAACGUGGUGUCGGCCAACUCAUGGGCCAUCCGCCUGAAGCCAGAGCGCUCCUCUAACAGCUGAUGGAGUCCCUCUUGGGGUCAAAAGGGGCACAGUGAUGGGAGAUAAAUAUCAGGUUGUGCCCCGUCUGUUAAACCAUCGUCUGACAUGAGGACAUUUUGUUACUUCGUUUCUGUGGUCUGAAAUCUGUCUCCAACAUCUCAGCGGCAGUUUAAGUCAUCAGUGAGCAACCUGUGGCCAUUCAUGAAUGCCCACCCCCAUGGGUAGGAAUUAUAUGGUCAGGAAGCUGGACUUCUGCUGAUUGUCAGGAGUCUGCUUUGUUUUUAAAAGCCUAACCAAUCAUGGACAUUCUAAGUAGUUGUGUGGUGAAUGACAUCUGUAAUUUCUAUCAGCUCAGCACAGACAGGGAACCUUCUUUCUCUGCGAGGUAGAUUUGUCGAGAAAAUGCACACGCACAGUGGAAUGGCGUUCCUGUUUUUUCCAUUAUUGAUUUGUAUUUCCUACUAAUCCCCUCAUGGUUCCAGCAUUCUGCUGAUGUCUCAGACGUUUCCUUCUAAAGUGCAAGACAAACAUAAAUGACUACAUCCUGGGUACAAGUCAUUUUAGGUCUUUAGAUUAUCUCCAAAAGUCUUCAGAGGGAAGGCCAAUACUGUGCCAUUCAGACUAAUGAACACUAACAAAAGUGAAACAACCCAUUCCUCUUCUCCACAUGCUGUUCCACCAUAUCAUGGGAAUUCAUGUUGUAUAUUAGGGACUAUUUUGAUGUAUUUGAUUAUAUACCAGUGUACAGAUGUAGGUCUAUGUUCUGUGUGUGUAUGCUGAAAUGCACAGUAGAUGAACUGAAGAAAUUGUGUCAUAAUUUGAAAAAAGGGCUAAUUUUAUUAUAGGCUAGUUUUAUUUGUUGUUACAAGUAUGAUGUGUGUUGUGUUGGUUGUUACAGAAGAGAUACACAUUUGUAGAAGCGUAGUAAUUGGUGUAUAUUUGUUUUAGUGAAUUGUUGGUUUGCAUAUGUAAAAUGAUCAAGAACAACAUCACAGCCAACUGUGCAAAUUUGUAUACUAGGCGUACCCUGACUGGACUUGCAGUGAUAAAAUCCUUUUUUAAUACACAGAAGAAAUGAACGACUGAAAUCAAUAAUAAAACAUUUAUUACUUUGA